CCUAAAGAAGCGAAAGCUAUCGUAAAACGUGCACCCGAGCCUAAAGAAGCGAAAACUAUCGCAAAACGUGCACCCGAGCCUAAAGAAGCGAAAGCUGUCGUAAAACGUGCACCCGCUAAAGCGAAAGCUAUCGUAAAACGUGCGAAAACUAUGAAUCGGUCUGUAUCGCAAGAGUACGAGUGGUUCACGGUGAAACGGCAAUACGUUGAUGAGUUGAUUGAGCAGGAGCAACAUUUUGAUUCUAGAUUAAAACGUGGACGAUUUGCAGCGCAUCGGAUAACGGAAAUCUCCAUGAACGAGUGCACCAUAUUAAAACUUUAG